AUGUUGAAAAGCAAUUAUCGAAUUAACCGGAUUAGUUUUUAUAACCUCUUCUGUCCAGACAUCGUCGAUUUCGACGUAGAAGAUGGAUCAGAUUGUCUCUACGAUGUUCUCACGAUCAGGGCGGAAGCGCUUCCGGAAGCAACUUCUUCAAUAGAUGUUCGCGAGAUGAAACUCUGCGGCAACUCCUGGAAAGGCGAAUCGUUGUUUUUCAACGAAACAAGUCAUCAGAUCGUGAAUUUGGAGUUCAAGACAAACGAGUUUUUCAGCAGAAGAGGUUUUUUACUGGCAUUAGAGCUAAAAGAAGACAAGUCAAAUGAAAUGAAAAGGGCGGCCGUCGGCGACGAAUUGUCAUCUGUUUCCCAAGGAUCUUCCACUGUCAGUGCAACUUUCGGAAGUACCACUCAGAUUGGAGAAUCUACUGGCUACUAUUCAGUAAAAACUUCAACACCGAAUGCCAGGACAAUGACUAUUAAACAAGUAAAAACAGUAUUUUCGUUCAAUCAAAUGAUGAUUUUCAGCCCUCUUCUAAAAUUGAACCCUCUUCAGGAGCGUUCACCGCAAUCCCUCUUGAGUCGAAAUUGA